UGACAUAAUAAUCCUUAGUAAACGUGAUCAAUAUCUCCUAAUUUUGAUAUCAGGGAUUCAACGGUUUGCUAUAAAUACAUUGUUCUCUCUACUUUUGGCCUGGCGCCGUAUAAUUUUGUGGGAUACAAUUCAAGAUGGAGGGACGUCCAAUUUCGGAUCUUAAGGUUGCCGAGCUUCGCAAGGAGUUGGAGAAGCGCAACAAAGAUAAAACCGGUGUUAAACAGGUUUUGCUGGAUCGUCUUAAAGAGACUUUAGAAAAGGAUGGUCACGAUCCUCAAACCUAUCGUUUCAGAGAUGAUGAUAGUGUUAAAACUGACCUAGAGAUAUCGGAUCAUUCGCCUGUAAAUGGUGAUGGACUGGGAUCUGGUAAGUUGUUUCCGUUCAUAUACGUUUGUAUGCCCAUCAAAAACCAUUUUGUUUCACUUUCAUUUCAAAGUAAUGGGUUAGGAGUAGGAUGCUUUUAGUUGCUUAAUCCAGCCGACAAUGUUUUGGAUGUGUUGAGCUGAUAAUUUAUACGUAAAUGGAACCUGCGAUAAUACAUUUGACUCGUCAUUUUGAGUCACCAUGUGCAAUGCAAGUACAGCUGUAGCGAACACUUAGUUUCGACGCUCAUGGACUCGAGCCGCUGCUUGAUCAAUUAAGCGGAUUGUCACCCUGUAAUCUUCAUGCCAUGCGCGUUCAAUAGAUCUGUCAUACUACCUGAAAAAGCCGCACCCUGUGUGCGAAGUCGUAAAUUUCGGAUCAUUACUAUUAGCGAGUUGGUCUACCCUCUAUUCAAUUGUAAACGGAAAUCUGAAGCCGUAUUUGAUCUAAACAUCCAGGAUUCUUGUUAACAAACCCGCCAAAUAAAAGAAACAGUAGAGAACUAUAUUUUAUGCUGUUAUGGUAGGAUGUGUUGCAAAUAAAUGGUUUCUUGUUUGGUUUAUACCGUUACCACCCAGAAAAUCCAAUAUUGUUCGCAUUCAUCACCGCUGUUGCGCAGUUACUUUGGAUUGUGCGAGCUGUAAUAGGUCGGCAUGUAUGUUAUUUCUCCGAUUUACAUUACAUUUUGGGGUUAACGACUAUGAUUAAGUCAGGAUUGUACAUUAGUAUGCUCAUAGUCAAGUCACCGUAGAUUUUAAUGUCCCCUGUCUUUUGUCUGGUGACAACUACUGAUUCUCCAACUAGUAAAAGCAUCGACCCUAUGCUAAUCAAACUAAUGGUAAUAACUUUCUACUCUUAUUCUAUUGAAAGAGAAAGUUGGACCCAUCACGAAAAGACGAAGUCCGUCAGAUGACGUAUUGAGUGAUGAAUAUAUUAUCAGUGAACAUCCAUUGCAGAAAAAAAUUACAGAGGAAACUGUCCCAUACGUUGUUCAAGUGGGUGAGCAAGAGGAAGAUUUAGAUUAUGAUUUGAAAUAUGGGAACAAUGACGUAUCCGAAGUCGCAGGCGAUAGCAAAGAUACCCAAGUCAAAGAUGAAGAACUUGACAAACAUGAAAAUAAACCAGAAAGGUUCGUAAAUGUCUGUCGAAUGAUAUGAUUAUAUUUAUCCGCUUCUGACACAAGCUGUUUCUUUUUUUAGUUCAGUUACUACCCACCAGAUUAGUGGUAUGUUCCAUUUGGUUAAGUUACACUUUACGUGUCAGAAAGCUGUAGAAAUUUGUGGAUAAGUAACUUACCGAAAUUGGUGAAGGCUGCAGAUUUAAAGCAACAUUUUAGCAAGGCGGGGAAGGUAGUAUCAGCUACUGUGGUUAUGAGCACCCGCACACCUGGAGGUUGCUUUGGAUUUAUACAGAUGGCUUCUGCUGAAGAGGCAGCUUCUGCUGCUAGAGCCUAUGAUUUAACAGAGUUUGGAGGAUGCAUACUGCGGGUUGAAGCUACAGAGAGAAAAGCACCAAUUCAAUCAAACAAAGCAAAUGAUCGAGUAGCUGGAUUAAACAAAUUAAAAACUAGUAUGCCUGAUUCUCGACGGACGGUAUCCAGACCGUUGGUAUCUCGAAGACGUUAUAUUGCCAACAGACAGCGAUUGUUGCGUCGUGCUGCCAUUAGAACUGCUAUUUUGAGGGAACAACGGAAAAGGUCCGAAUAUUUAUCCGCCAAUAAUCGUCCACAUUCCAUUAAGAAAACUCCUAUCAGAAGACCUUUAUACCAGUUUACUAGACCAAAUUAUAGAAUGUCAAAGGAUAGUUUGGUGAGUAUGCUACAAAAUAAUACUAUUUUUGGAGCGAUCAGUCUCGUAGUUGCAUUUUGAACUCGUACUGUGCAGUAUGUUAUGAUAUCUAAUCACGGUUUGCUAAUCAUAAGGAUGUCACGUGGUUUCGUGAAGUUGCUUUUCGUGUGAAUUUACGAUUAGAUUUUCUUUGGAGACGGGAGCUUUUCGAAGCCUUAACACAGGCGCUUUAAUGGAUAGUUCACAUGUCCCUGUGAAGAACGAAACCUUGUUGCAGAGGUAAAGUACUUUUACCAAUUUAGUUCUUGUGUCGUCAUAUGUAAGUAUCAGAGUUAUCAUAUUUGGAAAAUGGCAUGUAAUAAUCCCCAAAUUUACAAAAGACCAACUGCACAUUUAUCAAAGUACAGCAAGAAUUUUGAGUUAUUAUUCGACCCUAUAUGUUGGAGAGAAAUUCAACAAUUUAAAUCAAUUCCUCGGAAAAGCAUUGGAAGCAACUGUGCGAAGUUUCUGAUGUGUAUUUCAUAAACAAAUCCCAAGAAUCUGAAUUAAAUGAAUUCUGUUCGGUUUUUAAUUUCAAAAAGUGCUGAAGUAUUCGUCGGAUUUGAUUAGUUCCAAUUACUUAUCUCAUCGUUUAUGAAUGUUUUUGAUCUAUACGUUUUUAUAGCGUUCACGAGGCGGUCUGGCCCUUGCAUCUAAACAUAAAAGUAUUUCACAGCGACAAAGCUCUUCACGGAUCAACACCAAUCAUGGAACGCAGUCGCUGUUACAAAGAAGAUUAAAUUAUACUGUCAAUCGAAGGCUGCGUGAGCCAAUUCGUAUUCACAAAAGUGCCAGUGUUUCACAUCGAUCGUCCAAAUCAUUUUUGCCUAGAGUACACAGAAGUUCAAAUAUAUGUCCAGAAAACCAUCGAAGCUGUCUUUCUCCACCUUCCCGUUUAAUCCCCUUGAAUACACUUACUUCAAAACGGAACCCAAUCUUUCGUACUAAUCGUCCUGUAGAAAGAGAUAUACGUGAACCCUAUCGCCCUGUUUUGCCAGAACGAAAGUAUCAUCCUCAGUCACCUGGUCGAUCACAUGAAUCAAGUCGGUAUGCACGAAACACUCAAUCAUCAGUCUAUACAGGAAGAAACACUGCUAAAUCAGUAUACGAUAGUCGUUCUCGUCAAAGUCACUUGAUGACUCGUUCUGAACCGCGCUAUACGAAUUACAGCAAUUUUGAUAGUCGAAAAAUGGCCGUAGCCUCUCGUACAGAUAUGUAUUCUGAAGAACGUUAUCGAACUCACGAUAGUCAUCUAUCUGAAGUACGCAGAAGUCAAUUAAGGUCAAACCCCCCUACUUCACGAAUGAGAGUUGAGGAGAGUAAACGAGAGUACCGUGCAGUUAGUAGAAGCCCACCAAGGUCAAGAGAUUCUACAAUGAUGCGCCCGUACCCAGUUUCUCUCAAUUUCAAUCGCCAUCGCACGGAAACCAGUCAUCGUGGCCGCAGUCCACUGAUGUUACAGUCUACACCACACAGGCCCGAAAUCGUGGAGUAUGAACACCGUUCAGAGCCAAGAACGAAUUGGCAAACUGAAAGACGUUCCAAAGUUUUCUCAUCUCCAUCACAGUCGUGGAGGCCGGCAAACAAUGCAUUUUUCCUAUCUCCUACAUAUGAAAAUCGAAAUACAGGUCGCCGAUACCAAUAACACUUAUUGCUUAUUAUAUGUAUAUGAAUAUGUUAUAUUCAAAUUUGACAAGCAAUUCUCUACUUAUAUCAAUUACAUUUAGCAAGUGUAUUAAUUGUGCGAAAAUUUUUAUCCAUGAAGGUUGUCGAUCUGCAUUCAUUCAUAUAAAGCAUUUUCUUUAGAAAUGUUUUAACUUUGAUCCUUCACACCGUAAUUGAGCUAUUUAUUAAUCUACUAUCCCAAUCUAGUUAUACGAUGCCCGAUGGUAUUUAAAUGAUUUAAAAAUUAUUAAGCAAAAUCAUAUUUGUAGAAAACUCGAUGAAAUAAGCCUUAAAAAACUGGUCACAAAUAAACGUCUGAACCGAGUAUAAUCAACUGACAACAUCCUAUUGCACAAAAAAAUUACAGAUAAAUAUCAACCAUUCAAUCCGAAAGAAUACGUAAAACCUGGAAAAAUUCUACAUCACUAAAUUUUGUUGGCACCGUGGUGGUUUAGUGUCUGCGAAGUGAUGUGUUCUCAUUGGAGCUAGGAAUGCAUUGUGAUGGUUAAUAAUGAGUGUUUGGAGUAUGUAUGCACUUGAGUGUGUGUUGGUAAUUGUGAGAUUUUGUGGGAAGGUGGGUGGAUGAGUGAAUUGAUAAGGCGGGACAGCGAUAUACUGGUGUGCGUGAAAGUUUGUCUUUAUUUACAAACAAACCAAUAAGUAAUAUUGGUGAUGUGAUUGCGAUUAGUGUAGUUAGAGUUUCGAUUGUUAAAUGAGGUGUGGAUGUUUACAUGUUUGUCAGUGUAUCGGAUGGUGUUGUUGUUGGUGUUUGAGUAAGAACCCUUGUUGAUCCGUCCUGGAGAUGUCUAGUUUUCAGGAAGCCAACGACGAAGGGGAAAUGUUUUCUGGUCUCUUCGGUGAACCAGGAUUGUACUGGUUCUUACUUAGCACCAGGUAGAUGUGUUUAGUGUGAGUGUGACGAAUGAUGUCUAGUAUUGGUUUGUGUUGGGACGUGUGUUGAACUGUGUUGAUUGUCUAUAGCUUAGGGAUGACUUGUACUGUGAUGUUGGUCGUAUGUCUGUUGAUGAUCAGGUGGUUUUGUGUGUGUGUGUGUGUGUGUGGUGUAGUUGUUGUUAUUGAUCUGUUUGCCUGUUUGUGUUUGUAUGGUAGGGAAUAGUGUUGUUGGUUUUGUUGAUUUUGAAUAUGGUUGGACUGGGAUCAUUGGGUUGGGGUGUUUGUUUGUUUGUUAGUGUAGUUGACGACUCAUUUAUUCUGUGUUUGUAACUUUCAGUGUUUCACUUUGUUUGUCAAUGGUAUUGAUUAUUCUAUUGGCGUGUUUGUGUGUUGUGUGUGUGGUGGUGGUGGUGGUGGUGGUGGUGGGGUGUGUAGUUUGGUUAUAUUUGUGAGUGAUUGUGGGAGGUAUUUCUGAGAUGUGUUCUGUUGAGCGUGAGGCGUGCUGAUGAGCUUGUUGACAUGCUGAGGGAAUUAGGUGAGUGAUUGUAGUGAGAUGUGUGAUUUUCGUUCGAGCUGUUCGAGCUGGAUUGAUUGAUGAUGUAUAGUGUGUUGUUCAGCUGGGAGACAGACGGUGUGUGUGGUGAUAGUGUAAGUGUGCGUGUAGAACGUUAAUGAGUAAAUUAGUUUAGUGUUGAAUUUGUGUGGUUUGAUGUGGGGUUACGGUUUGUGGUAAUCUCUGAGUAAUGAAAAUUCUGUUCAUAGUUUGUUGUAAUGUGUGUUGAUGGUUUGACGGUAGUGGUGUGUGUGUUUUGUGAGAGUUUAUAUUUGAAUGAAGUGAAGUAUUUCAGUAAAUUUUGUUGGCACCGUUGUGGUUUAGUGUCUGAGAAGUGAUGUGUUCUCAUUGGAGCUAGGAAUGCAUUGUGAUGGUUAAUAAUGAGUGUUUGGAGUAUGUAUGCACUUGAGUGUGUGUUGGUAAUUGUGAGAUUUUGUGGGAAGGUGGGUGGAUGAGUGAAUUGAUAAGGCGGGACAGCGAUAUACUGGUGUGCGUGAAAGUUUGUCUUUAUUUACAAACAAACCAAUAAGUAAUAUUGGUGAUGUGAUUGCGAUUAGUGUAGUUAGAGUUUCGAUUGUUAAAUGAGGUGUGGAUGUUUACAUGUUUGUCAGUGUAUCGGAUGGUGUUGUUGUUGGUGUUUGAGUAAGAACCCUUGUUGAUCCGUCCUGGAGAUGUCUAGUUUUCAGGAAGCCAACGACGAAGGGGAAAUGUUUUCUGGUCUCUUCGGUGAACCAGGAUUGUACUGGUUCUUACUUAGCACCAGGUAGAUGUGUUUAGUGUGAGUGUGACGAAUGAUGUCUAGUAUUGGUUUGUGUUGGGACGUGUGUUGAACUGUGUUGAUUGUUUAUAGCUUA